AUGGCUGAGGAGCUUCUCGAUAAAAUUCGCGAUGUCGUCGACGGCCCCAUUGAUUUCGAGGGUCAGAGGCGCGCCGAGACCUUCGCAACGCUCUUGCUUGCCGUGUCUGGGCUGGUGGCAUUCAACAUCGGAUACCACUACCAAGACAUUCAGAAGGCUGUUUAUAUCGGGUUAGGUGGUACCGUCCUGACAUUCCUCCUUGUGGUGCCGCCUUGGCCAUUCUACAAUAAAAGUCCUGUCAAAUGGCUGCCGGCCGGCGCAGGGUGGCAACAAGGCUAG